AAAAAGAGAAGUUUCUCCCAGAUCAAGCAAGCCCCUGAAGGAGUCAGCGUCACUCUUCACUCCAGCCUUCUCCCUCCAGGGGACCCGCCGUGCUGGGCACCAGCUUCUCACCUGCGUGCAGCAUACCUGAUCGGUGCUGAGUGAGCCCCAGGGGACAUGGGGCCUGGCCUCCUGGUGCUUCUAGUGGCAGCUGGCAUCUGGCAUGGUUCGGCAUCUCCAACCAUUGAACCCAAUGUCCCCACUGUGACAGUGAACAACGGAGACCUGGUGAACUUCCUUUGCUAUGGGGACUCCAGUGUAGAAUGGAUCACCAAAGAGAAAAACAAAGUUGUGCACACCAUGGGCACUAACAGCACACUUACUAUCGCUAGUGCUACCUACAAGGACACAGGCACCUACCAGUGUGCCUACACCAACAGCAGCGACCGUGGGAGAGCCUCUGUGCAUCUCUUUGUGAGAGAUCCUACGAACGUGUGGUACGUUAGCACCUACAGAGUCCAAGUAAAGGAAGGCAGUGACGCCCAGCUACCCUGUCUGAUCACCAACCCAGCCUAUGGAUCCAACGUUACCCUGCUAAUGGACAACCAUUCCCCCAUCUUACCAGGGACAGAGUUUUCUUUCAGUGCUCAGGAUGGAGUAACGAUAUACAGAGUCCAGCAGGCUCAGAAAGGUUACUACAGAUGCCAGGUCCUGAUCAAUGGAGAAGCAAAGAAGUCAGCAAGGAUCAGACUGCUUGUUUCUGAAGCAGUGGAGGCGUCCGUCUCAGUCACCAUGGACACUAAAGACCACGUGCGAAUCCAGGGUGAGCCUUUCUGGGUCACCUGCCAAGUAAAGGCUCCUUCCCACAAGUACGACAUCGCGUGGAAGCAUCCGGCUGAAAAAGCCGCAAUCACCAAAACCACUGACUACGUAAAGAAGGAUUACAUCAUUAACGUUACCCUGACCAUCGCUGCAGUGACAAUAGGAGACAGUGGAAGAUACACUUGCAUGGCUAACAAUUCAGGUGGAUCCAGGAGUUUGUCGACCAUGCUCAAAGUCAUAGAGAGAGGCUACGUGCAUCUGUCUCCUGUGCAAAACACCACCCAGAACAUAGCGCUGGGAGGAAGCUUGCAACUGCAGGUCCAGAUUGAGGCUUACCCUCCCCUUCACGACUGGGGCUGGAAGCAUCACAACCCUUCGGAGAACUUUGAGAACUCCCAGCUUGAAAACCAGAUGGCUACUGGUAACAACCGGUACACUAACACGCUUGUCCUGAGCCGCCUACAGAGGGUGGAAAGUGGCUUCUACACCUUCUAUGCUGCAAACAGAGAGGACACCGCAUCCAUGACCUUCAGCCUGUUCUUGAAGUCCCCGCCUCGGAUGAACAUUGUGCCAACCAACAACUCCAAGACCCUUCGCUGCCUGGCCGAUGGCUACCCUGCUCCCCAUGUCGAGUGGUAUCAAUGCUACAAGCAUGCCGAGAGAUACAACCCAAACUGCACCUUGAUUCUGAAUGACACCAGACCACAGGUCCUGGAAAAGAUGCUUUUCAAAACUGUGCAAGUUGAGAGCAUCCUCACAGUCCCUAAGAUGAGCGCCAACCUCACCUUUUGCUGCGUGGCCGUCAACGAAGAGGGGAACACCUCUGAGACCUUCCACCCUUACAUUACAAGGGAAGUGUGGAUGGCCCCCAACAAGCUCUUCAACCCCACCUUGUACAGCUGCGUGGGAAUAUCCAUCCUGCUGCUCCUGCUCCUCCUCUUCCUCCUGUACAAAUACAAGCAGAAACCCAAAUACCAGGUGCGGUGGAAGAUCAUUGAAGCCUGCGAAGGGAAUAACUACAUCUUUAUUGACCCCACCCAGCUGCCAUACAAUCGGAAGUGGGAGUUCCCCAGAAACAACCUGCAGUUUGGAAAGACCCUUGGAGCAGGGGCUUUUGGAAAAGUGGUCGAAGCCACUGCUUUCGGGCUGGGGAAGGAAGACUCUGUCCUCAAAGUGGCUGUGAAGAUGCUAAAGGCCACAGCUGACACAGAUGAGCAAGAGGCGCUCAUGUCUGAGCUCAAGAUCAUGAGUCAUCUGGGCCACCAUGAGAACAUUGUGAACCUCCUGGGAGCAUGUACCUGCGGAGGCCCAAUCUUGGUUAUCACGGAGUACUGCCGCUACGGAGAUCUGCUGAAUUUUCUGCGGAAGAAAGCGGAGUGCCUAAUUAUCCAGGACUUGAGCUCGGAUUCCUCUCCGGACAACACUGCCAAUUACAAGAAUAUCUAUCUGGAGAAGAAGUAUGUCCGAAGUGACAGCGGGUUUGCAAGCCAGACUUUGGAGACAUAUGUGGAAAUGAGACCCGUGUCAUCAUCGUCAUCCUCCUCAAACUCCACACCCACGAGGGGCAAGACCCCACAGGAAGAGGAGAAGGAAGAUGCGCGGCCCCUGGACCUGCACGACCUGCUGCAAUUCUCCAAUCAGGUGGCCCAGGGCAUGGCCUUCCUCGCCUCAAAGAACUGCAUCCACCGUGACGUGGCAGCAAGGAACGUGCUGGUGUCUGAUGGACGAGUAGCCAAGAUCUGUGACUUCGGGCUGGCCAGGGACAUCAUGAAUGAUUCAAACUACGUCGUGAAAGGCAACGCUCGUCUGCCCGUGAAGUGGAUGGCCCCAGAGAGCAUCUUUGACUGCAUUUACACAGUGCAGAGUGAUGUGUGGUCUUACGGCAUCCUCCUCUGGGAGAUCUUCUCACUGGGUAAAAGCCCGUACCCAGGCAUGGCAGUGAAUAGCAAAUUCUACAACAUGGUGAAGCUGGGAUACCAGAUGGCCAGGCCAGAUUUCGCUCCUUUGGAAAUGUACAGCAUCAUGCAAGCGUGCUGGAACCUGCAAGCCACGCAGCGGCCGACCUUCGACCAGAUCUGCCAUCUCAUUCAGAAGCAAAUGGAAGUCAACAAGGAGCAGGACUACAUAAACCUCCCCGCAGAGGAAGACAGUGGGUGCGAACCCUCCAGCUGCUGCGAGGAGUCCUGCGAUCAAGGAGAGAGCAGUCAGCCCCUUCUGAACAGCAACAAUUACCAGUUCUGUUAAGGCUGUAUGGUCACCGGGGAUAUGCCCCUAUUCUCCACUCACCUUUGCAGAGGACUUUGCUUGGAAGGCAGGCUCCUCAUGCCAAGUCUCCUUAUUGCGGUGCUUUCUGAAGUAUGAGAGAUUUACAGCAUUCCCCCCUUGAAGAGCCAUCACGGUAGGAGCAAAAAGCUGAGACUCAGCCGUGAUCCAUAUACGGAUCAUGUUUGUCAUCCUCACUGACUGACCAAUGCCGGUAACAUAUGGGCACACUGGUUAAGUCUUCCUGACCAGCCACUGCAAAUCCAUGCUAUCCAGUUCCUACGAGCCAAAAAACAAAGCAAGCAGUCUCUCCAGAGUCAGAUCUGUAAGCUCACACGUGGGGAUAUGUACGCUCUGUACGGCUGUGCGUGUACAAAGAAUUCUGUGCAUUUUUGUAUGCAAGUGGUUUGAGGAUUGCAGUUUAAUUUCAUGCCCGUCUCAACACAACCUGCUUUCUGGGACAGCCCUAACUUUUAGAGAUGGAAACAGCGUACCUUUUUUCUUCACUAGACCUGCCCUCUCCUACACAGGUAUUACAGUAACCGUGAGAGAGAAGCUUUUUCAGCAUUAACUGGCUAACUGGAAGACGCCCCUCUCCCCUCAAACCCAGAUGAGAGCAGAGAGGCAUUCUUCAGCCAUUGUUAGGCUAAAGCAGGGUGAGAAGACAAGGAACAGAGCACUUUCUUGAGCUAAGAGCCUCCUUGAAUCAUUAACUCUUUAAAAGUGGGCAUGGAAUAUAAAUCCCAACCCAGGAAGGAACAACAGCUUUAUUUUGACCUGGAACUGAUCAGCAUUCUGCAGUCUGCACUGCAUUUGAAUCGCUGAACAAGAAAUGCAGCAACUCACUGCCUAUAGCAGAACCAUAUGGUUGUUUUUUUUAAAUGUAGGUAUUGACAUUUUUGGUAAGGUAGUUAAGAUUUCAUAAGCUAGGGCCUAAUGCCCUCAGAAUAUAUUUUUGAUCUUCCAUUCUUUUUACUCCGGGUUACUAAUGAUCAGGGAUCCGGGUUUUCCGUUUCCCUAUGGAAAAAAAACAGAGAAAACAACGGAUUUCCCAUUUUUAUUGAAGAAAACAUGGAUUUUCUCUUUUAGCAGAGAAACCCAUGGAUUUCCCCCUUUUGCAAAGAGCUCUGCAGGCUGGCUGAGUUCCAGCCUGCAAGAGCUGCUUGCAAAAGGGGCAAGGAAACCCCACAACCCUGCCCUGAGUGGAAGGUAGAGGAGGAAGGGUGGAGCCCAAGCUCACACUUACUGGAGGCUGCUUCAGGCUUAUUCUUCUUGGAGGUGAGUGGGGCUUGGGGGAAGCUGGCUGGGGGCUGAGGGAGCAAGGAGGUUUGCAGCCUCCUCACUCCCGGCUUGGGCACUCUCCGGCCAGGGGUGGGGGUGGGUUUGCAGCUGGCUGGGCAGUCCUCCCCCCUCUAGAGUGCACGGUCAGCUGCAAACGCUGCACUCCCCGCCCUGCUGCCCUCCAAAUUACAGCGUGUGCGACUGGCACGGCAGGGCACAGCGAGGCCACACUUGCUCUGUGUGCACGGGGGCAGCAUAGGGUUCCGUUCCUAGUCCCCACCUGCAGCGGAAGCAUGGCCAGGGCAGCAUGGAGCUCACAACAGCAAGCUUUCAUGCAUGUCCCCCUGUGCGCUGCCGCGCUGGGGUCCCCUCUGGCAGGGCUGGGGGCAGGGGCUGUGGGGGGCAUUUAAUUUUAAUCACAGAUUUGGGGGGUUUUUAUCAGAGAAUUUGUGAUUUUUUUUAAUCAUGGAAAACCAAGAUCCCUGCUAAUGAUACACAGCAGCCAGGUCUGUAGUCUUUACAAACAAUAAUGGAAAGAGGCUAUAAGGAACAUUAGCCUUAAUCAACUGUAUAGCAGAGUAUUAGUACUAGUUAUAGAUGCACUGAGAUAGGCUUAAAUGAUAGCUACUAGGAACUAAUCCAUGAACUAACUCAGCCUUUGCUGAACUACUGCCAAUAAUUUCAGGGCGAUUUCCAAUUAAACUGUACACAUGCUGUUAAUACAGAAUGAUUUCCUUCUUGUUCAAUAAAAUCUAACGCUUUUCCACUUGUCAGCCUUAUAAUAAAACUAACAUGAUGAACAAA